AGAACAGAACAGAGUCUCAGUGGCCGUGCCGGACUGCGAAAGUAAACAAACAUAUACUCACCGGAACUCCCCAAAGCGAAAGCCUCUGUCACCGGCGACGACGCGCACCAGCACCGAUGGCCCGCUACGACCGAGCGAUCACCGUCUUCUCCCCCGACGGCCACCUCUUCCAGGUUGAGUACGCCCUCGAGGCCGUCCGCAAGGGCAACGCCGCCGUCGGCGUCCGAGGCGUCGACACCGUCGUCCUCGGUGUCGAGAAGAAGUCCACCCCCAAGCUCCAGGACUCCAGGUCCGUGCGCAAGAUCGCGAGCCUGGACACCCACAUCGCGCUGGCCUGCGCGGGUCUGAAGGCGGACGCGCGCGUGCUCAUCAACCGGGCGCGCGUCGAGUGCCAGAGCCACCGCCUCACCGUCGAGGACCCCGUCACUGUCGAGUACAUCACGCGCUACAUCGCCGGCCUGCAGCAGAAGUACACGCAGAGCGGAGGGGUGCGCCCGUUCGGGCUCUCCACGCUCAUAGUUGGCUUCGACCCCUAUACCGAGAAGCCCGCGCUGUACCAGACCGACCCCUCCGGCACCUUCUCCGCCUGGAAGGCCAACGCCACCGGCCGCAACUCCAACUCCAUGCGCGAAUUCCUUGAGAAGAAUUACAAGGAGACGUCCGGCAAGGAGACCAUCAAGCUUACCAUCCGAGCCCUCCUUGAGGUUGUCGAGAGUGGUGGCAAGAACAUUGAGAUUGCUGUGAUGACGCACAAAGAUGGUCUUCGCCAGCUUGAGGAAGAGGAGAUCGAUGAGUAUGUUGCUGAGAUUGAAGCAGAGAAGGCCGCUGCUGAGGCUGCAAAGAAGGGUGGCCCGAAAGACACAUAAUGUACUAAUGAUUUAGCACAGUCGUGGCACAUGGCUCCUCUAGCUCUGUUUAUGUUCACAGCUUGUCUAUUUGGUUUAACUGUUUCCGAAGGACUUGUUUGGCCGAGGGUUGUUUAUUUUACUGCUGACGGAGGUGCUUGGACUAAUGGGCUUAUCCCCGUCAUGUUGUGCGAACUGUAUAAGCUUAGCUAAUGGGGGUGUUACCGGAAGCUUA